GCCACGCUGUGACACUGUCGAGCGGGAGCACUACAAGUUCAUCUAACUCGUCGGAAGUUUCUCAUCAGUGAUGCCUCGGUGCAAGGCGGCAUCGCUGGCUGGCGCCCGAGCCGCCAGCAGCAGCGCCAUUCUCCUCGUGCUGCUGGCCUCGGCUCUGCUCAGCUUCCCCACCGCAACGAUCGGCGCGAAGCGCGGAAUCGCCGUUCGCUCGCAGGGAGUGCAGGAAUCGGCGCGCUCCAUAGCGCGGACGAUCUGGAAGUCUGGUAGCAGCCUUCUCCGCGGCGGGAGCUCCAGCUCCGGCGGAACUACUCCCGCUCGAACCACGGGUAGCGCCGCCGCAUCGGCUGGGAGCAGCUCUGGCUGCGCGUCGUCGUCGCUUGAUGGAUUCAACUCGUCCGUCGCCAUGGGCUCGAGGUUGACUUCUCUUGCUCCUCUGCCUCGUCCGGAGGGGGAGGGGGUGGCGGCAGUGGUGGCGGCACAGGCGGCGGCACGGGCGGCGGCAAUGGUGGUGGCGGCGCUGGUGGUGGGAAUGGUGGUGGUGGAAGAGGGGGAGGAGGAGGAGGAGGAGGAGGAGGAGGAGGAGGAGGAGGAGGAGGAGGAGGAGGAGGAGGAGGAGGAGGAGGAGGAGGAGGAGGAGGAGGAGGAGGAGGGAGAGGAGGGGAUGGUGUGGCUGGGGGCUGUAACAUGAUAUUUUUAGGAGCACUAAGGGCUGCUGGGUAUGCUAGCAGUAGUGCAGUGAGUGUGGAGUGACGUGGU